AUGUGUGGAACGGCGAAUCACAACAAUUUCAAACCAGGACAUGGUCACCACCACCUUUGGAUGUCGAUGGCCGACUCGGCGGCCUACAAGUAUUUGGCCAACAACGAGACGACGACGGCACCGUCAACGGAGCACCCGCCGGCCGUCGAAAAAGUUGAGCUGAAGAAACCCAACGACACCCUGAUGACCGCUAUGAUGACCGUGACCAAGAGCACCGUGCACAAGUGCACCUCAUUCUUAGAAGAUGUGCAGAAAUCGCAGGCUUACAAGGUAAUGUUCUUCGUUCAACCCGCCCACGUCAUAAUGAUGUUGGCCGUCACUCUGGUUGCUGCAUCCAUGUUACCCAACAACAUCAAAAGGACGUCGAACGCCAACGGUGAAAUCAAACCCAGGUCGUUUGUCAACUUCGUCUACCUGGCCGCAUUCUGUACACACGUGGGAGCACAAUUCUGGAUGACAUUCAUUUCCGGACUGAGCUUGUACUUUAACCUGACCAGACACGCUUUUGGUGAUGUCCAGAGAAUUCUGUUCCCCAAAUACUUCUCAUUGAACAGCGUUUUGAGCGCCAUCACACUCAUCCAAUUCAGCAAGAUUCACGUCGCAGCCAACAUGUGGGACGUAUACACGUACACACAGCUGUUCGUGUUGAGCCUGUGCUUCCUGCUGGAGUUGGUGAUCCGUCUGUACGCUGUGCCGCCACUGUUACGGCUCAUCUCCAUGAAAAUGGCCAUCGAGAAGUCGGCGGGCGUGGGCACCGUGGUGGGCAACUACGACCUAGGACGGUUGGUCGACUGUCCACACUACAUGGCUAUCCACCGAGCAUUCCGACAAGUGCAUCUUUGCGUGGCCAUGGGCAACGUGAUCACCAUGAUGUGCACGUCAUUCCACUUGAUGUACAUCGCGUCCUAAACAGAAAACGGAAGACGUCUCCUCGCAAAAAAAAAAAAAAAAUAUAUAAAAAAAAAUUAAAAAAAAAAUGCAUAAUGCACAGUGCACUACUACUACUUUUAGUUAUUACUACUAUAAUACUUCUAACUACUACUACAACUAGUUACUUGUUAAAUACUACUACUAUUACAUUGCAACUAUAUAUAUAUAAAAUCAAUAUGACAUAGAACUGCAUAACUUGUUUAUUAUACGACUCUUUAUUAUGCUUCAACGCGGUAUAAUGCUCGUUUAAUACGUUUUCCAAUUAAUGUUUUAUUUUAUCGUUUUAUACUGCUUUACCACUGUUGUAGUUGUACUGCACAAUGUAUGACCGUAGCACCGCACUGUAUAUCAUAUAUGUUAUUAUGCAACACGAGUACACGAAAACGCGAAUCGAGUGAGACGGUAUCUUGGCGAGAAUAGACACAUAAAAGUAUAUUAUAAUAUUAUUCAGAUUAUUGUUUUUUUUUUUUUUUUUUUUUUUUAUAAAACCCACAUAAUACUAGAAGAUUUUGUUUGAUCGCUAUUACUGUACGUACGCGUCUUAAACGUGUGAAACAAAUCCGUCGGCGGCGUGUAUGUAUAUGAAUAGCGGAAGAUUAAGGAGAAGACGAAGAUGAAGAAGAAGAAAAUUAGUCAAUGCCACAUAGGAAUUCGAGUGGAAACGCCGUCGAAGGGAUUUGCGUUGUUACGAUGUCGUCGUAGUUUUAUUCACGAAGGAGGAAAUAAAUACCUUAUAUAUACAUAUCUAUGUAUAAUUAACUCUUUUUUUAUUAUAAUAUUCAUAUUCUUAAGACACUUUGCAUACGAGAAACACGUAGCGUUCGUCACGACUGUAGAUGGUAACGUUUUAGUCUCUACUAUGUAAUACAACCUAUACUAUAGAAAUGUCUUACUACUAACCUUAAUUUUCGCUUAGGUUAUAAUAUAAUAUACUGCUAUCGUUAAAUCUAA